UGAACCCGGUGGAUCAUUUAUACUCUGCCUCCAGGAUGUCCGCGGUUCUCCAGUGAGCCUUAACCGGAGGGAGGGGACCGUGUGUCGGGGCCCGAGUCCGAGGAAUCCGGUCGGGUUUAGUCGGUCCUGAAGAAGCGACACGACAGAGAGACUGGGGUUUCACACCGUGGAACCGGACCCCUCCCAGGUGGCUUCCAGGGGACCAUGGCUCUGCUCUGGGUCUUGAUCCUGGGCUUGUUCUCAGGCUGGGCAGCGGGCUACAAGCAGGGGGACAAUGUGACUCUUUAUGUCAACAAAGUGGGUCCUUAUCACAACCCCCAGGAGACGUAUCACUACUACACCUUGCCCGUUUGCAGACCGGAGAAGGUGCACCACAAGUCCCUGAGUCUGGGAGAAGUGCUGGAUGGCGACAGGAUGGCAGAGUCUUUAUAUCAGCUCCGCUUCAAGGAGAACGUGGAGAGGAAAACGCUCUGCCAGCUCACGCUGUCAGAAAAACAGGUGGACGAGCUCCGUGAAGCCAUCGAGGAGCUGUACUACUUUGAGUUUGUCCUGGACGACAUUCCCAUCUGGGGGUUUGUCGGCUACAUCGAGGAGAGCGGCUUCCUGCCUCACAGCCACAAGGUGGGUUUGUGGACUCACCUGGACUUCAACAUCGAGUACAACGGUGACUCUGUGAUCUUCGCCAACGUCUCCGUGAAAGACGUCAAGCCUUUUCCCCUGGAGGAGGGGGCGGGCACGGCAGUGGGCGGAGUGGGAGUGGGCGGGGGCAGCCUGACGGUCACGCACACCUACAGCGUGCGCUGGUACAAGUCCAGCCUGCCUUACGGCCGGAGAGGCGAGCGCCUCCGGGACUACUCCUUCUUCCCCAAAACGCUGGAGAUCCACUGGUUGUCCAUCAUCAACUCGCUGGUGCUGGUGGUGCUGCUGCUCGGCUUCGUCAUCAUCAUCCUCAUGCGGGUGCUGAAGAACGACUUCGCCAGGUAUAACGUGGAGGAGGAGGGCGGCUGUGACGACCUGGAUCAGGGAGAUAACGGCUGGAAAAUCAUCCACACCGAUGUGUUCAGAUUUCCUCCCUUUAAAAGCCUGCUGUGUGCCGUGCUGGGAGUCGGAGCUCAGUUCCUUACGCUCGCCACGGCCAUCAUCAUCAUGGCGCUGCUGGGAAUGUUUAACGUGCACCGCCACGGCGCCAUCAACUCGGCAGCCAUCGUCCUGUACGCCCUGACCAGCUGCGUGUCGGGCUACGUGUCCUGCAGCUUCUACACGCAGAUCAACGGCCAUCGCUGGGUGUGGAACAUCAUCCUCACCUCUUCUCUCUUCUCAGCGCCGCUCUUCAUCACGUGGAGCGUGGUGAACUCUGUUCACUGGUGGAGCGGCUCCACCCAGGCCCUGCCGGCCACCACCGUGCUCCUCCUCCUGGGCGCCUGGGUGCUGGUGGGCUUCCCCCUCACCGUCAUCGGCGGCAUCGUGGGAAAGAACCGAGCCGGCAGCUUCCAGGCGCCGUGCCGCACCCGUAACAUCCCCCGGCAGAUCCCGACGCAGCCCUGGUACAAACACACGGUGGUGCACAUGGCCAUCGGGGGCUUCCUGCCUUUCAGUGCCAUCUCCGUGGAGCUGUACUACAUCUUCGCCACCGUCUGGGGCCGGGAGCACUACACCCUCUACGGCAUCCUGCUGUGCGUCUACGCCAUCCUCCUCUCGGUGGGCGCCUGCAUCUCCGUGGCGCUGACCUACUUCCUCCUGUCAGGCGAGGACUACCGGUGGUGGUGGCGCAGCGUGCUGAGCACCGGCUCCACCGGCCUCUUCAUCUUCGUCUACUCCGUGUUCUACUACCGGAACCGGUCGUCCAUGAGCGGCCCGGUGCAGAGCACCGAGUUCUUCGGGUACUCCCUGCUCACGGCGCUCGUCUUCUCGCUGAUGCUGGGCAGCGUGUCGUUCUGGGCCUCGCUGGCGUUCAUUCGCUACAUCUACCGUAGCUUGAAGAUGGAUUAAAACACGGACGGUGUCCGUUGUCCAACAGGCCUUGAACUCAUCACGGAGCGUCGAUACUAAACGACGCUGCACGGACAAAUGAAGGGCACGUCGGGGCUUUAAUGUGCGUUUAGGGAAAACUGGAUAUUUUGGUGACAGCGAUUUGGGGACGUGUCACACUUCAAGAGUUAAAGGUACUUAAAGGAGACAAAAUCUGCACAUUUUGUUUCUUAUAUUGAUGAUUAAUAUAACCAAUAAUUAAUUAUUUGUUAGUAAUAUUUGAUUUGCCUACAGAAAUAUUAUAAAAUAGGUCAAUUACGACGACGCCCGUUUGGAAUAUUUUUUGGUACGCUCAGAUUUGUGCAGGUAGAAGGCCUUUGUUUACACCGAGUGCAGACCCUCAUUUCAGAACUGCAGAAAUGUAAACAACAAUAAACUUCAUUUAUUUUGCAGCGAGUACCUUUUAAUGAAGUCAUCUGUGCAGGUACGUAUUCAAGGCCGACAUAGAUUUAAGUGUGACGUACGUCAUACGUAACGGCCUGUUCACGUUACUUUUAUCAAGUAAAAAGUUGUUUUGCACAGAGUGUGAAGCCUCCGUGCCCCCCCCAGUGGAAGAUGCCUUGUAGUUGAAGAGUUUUUGUAAAAUGCCGGUAAUGGGAGCAAUAUUGUAACUGCGUUCUACCAUCAGCUUUGAUUCUGGUGUAAGUAGUCUGUUUUUCAAUAAAAGUGCUUUUUAAUAUAAAGACGCCGACUAACCACUCGGAAAUGGUUCCAGUUGAUCUGACCAACAGCAACACGGUAGAAAGAACAACAACCUGCGAAAAUGCAGCGUGAAUGCAUGUUGCUGGAAUUAGCAGAACACACAUUUGCUGAAUUGUGUUUAAAUAAGCAAAAAUUAGCUCAAAGAUUAGGAAAUAAUCUAAUAAAGCUGAGAUUUGCACUCAAAUAGCUUAAACUAGCAAGAGGAAGCAGAGAUGAAAUUAGCAUAAAAACGGCUAAAUAGUGGCUGAUUUGCAGAUAAAAGCAUAAACUGGAAUUAGCAGAAUUUUUUUUAACAAAGUAGCAGAAAUUACCACGAAAAUCUAUAAAUAUUAGCUGAA